AUGGGCAGAUGUUGCAAAUGCAAUGGGAGACUGCUGUGCAUGUGCCUGCUGCCUUGCAUGAUGACUGGCCACCUUCUGAUUUAUGUCAUGGUUUCCAUAUUUGUCACCAUCUCUUACACUCCUCCAAAAAUAACCAUCCACUACAUCGCACCAGGGGCUUCUGAUAACACCUCCACACUGGCCUCUCACCCACUUGGUCCUUUCUGGAAUCUCCGUCUGGAGGACAGUGCACUGUGGAACCAGUUACAGCAUGCUUGGGACCGUCAGCACAAUCCCAUAUUACGUGGAAACAUAACUGGAACAUUCAGGAAAUCAAAAACUAAGGUCUUAUCGGAAAUCGAAGAUGAAUGCCUUUCUGACUGUGUGUCACGUAAAUGUGCAGUCCCUCGUAUGCAUGAUUUCAGCAGCUUGCCAGAACAAAUGCAGGCAUUUAUCAAGUCAAUGCAUUGCAGGGAGUAUCCCCUCCUUAUUAAUCAGCCUGGUAUCUGUAGGAGGAAUAAUAAGAGCUUUGAUCUAGAUUCUCCCAUCCUCAUCAUGGCCAUCAAAUCUCAAGUUGGAAACUUUGAAAACAGGCAGGCUAUACGUGAAACAUGGGGACGCAGUGGACUGUUGAAUGGGGAAUUCACAAAGAAAGUCGGUUUAGUCCGCACAGUGUUUCUGCUUGGACGACAGGACUCAAGUACAGGUCCUCACCCAGACCUCAAAAACCUCCUGGAGCUUGAGAAUGAGAAAUUCAGGGAUAUCCUGCAGUGGGAUUUCAGAGACACUUUCUUUAACCUGACUCUUAAGGACUUGCUGUUCUGGCACUGGCUACAGCAAUACUGCCCCACUGCCAUCUUUGUGUUCAAGGGGGACGAUGAUGUCUUGGUUCGAACAGGUGCCCUUCUGGAUUACCUGCACAAGCAAUGGGAUGAGCACAACCUGUUGAAAACCUAUACAAAUGAAACUGACAUGGAAUUUAAUUUGUUUGUGGGGGAUGUAAUCAAUAAUGCAAUGCCAAACCGUGAGCCAUCCACUAAAUACUACAUACCAGAACGUUUCUACAAAGGCCGGUACCCACCUUACGCUGGUGGAGGAGGGGUGGUGUAUUCUGGCUCACUUGCACUGCGAUUGAAAGAGGUGUCUGAGAGGGUGCGCCUCUUCCCAAUAGACGACGUGUAUCUAGGCAUGUGCCUGCACAGACUUGGGCUCUCUCCAAGCCAUCAUCCAGGAUUUUUAACAUUUGAUCUCCCAGAGAUAGACAGGGGCAACCCAUGUGCUUAUAAAUCUGUUCUGCUUGUCCACAGACGGAGUCCCAAGGAGAUGCUGACUCUGUGGAAGCAGCUUCAGAAUCUGUCGGGUCAAUGCUGAAACUCAUUUGCCUGUCAAAUAACAAACAAAUUCACUGAGCACCACCACAAUCAUUUGGAAAAUACACACCUCUUCAUGAUUGCAUCUCCAUGUCAAGCAGGCAUUACAUGCAAUGUGCAGUACUGUACCUUUCCUCUGAGGAGUUAUGUAACACUGAGUAGGAAAUUGAUCUACCUCAAAGCGUACUUUUGUUAUGAGGGCAUUCAACAGUAAGGGCACAUACAUGGUACUUCAAUACUGGUAUAUAUUUGUACCCGCUCAACAUGGAAGUUUUAUUUUUUAAAGAAAAUAUAAAAUGUUAUAUGCUAUAAAGAGAAUACUUUAUGUUUAUGUGUGAUAUGUUAACACGUUAACACCAGUUAACAUGGAUUUGUGUUUUCCCUUAUUUUAAUCAAUUUGAAUCAUUUCUUUAAGUCAUUUUUAAAUGUCUUACAUCCACUGUACCCAAUAUUUAAAAUGCAGUUGAUCGUGGUGAAUUCAUGCACAUUCUUUUAGCCAGGCAAAGUUAAUUUGCAACAAGCAUAGUGCUGUUUCAAAACGGGCCCAUAGACAUUACAAAUUAUUUUUCUAAUUGUUACAAAACACAAAACCCAACAAUGACUGAAUUGCUUUCCCAAUUGAUGGGUUUUGAAGUCAAGAAAUACUGAAUACAAGUGAUUGACGACGAUGAUAUCUUGUUAACUAUUUAUUGAAAGAUUUAUUUAAAAUUGAAAUGGGUGGAGGUGUUACUGGAGAUGGCCUAACCAGCAGAAAUGCUAUUUGUUGGUACCCUCAAAGAUUCCAACAAUGUAUGUUCAAGGACAAAUAAAUGUUUAUCUCUGAAAAUACUGAAUUUUACUGAAUACUGAAUACUGAUUUAGCAAAAAGGUCUAAAUACCCAUUUAGUAAAGUACAGCAGUUGUGGGUGUUUAAACAAAGGUGUGAAUUUCCAUCUAUGUAAUAUUCUCUUGAUUAUAUGUAUACUAACUAAUAUACUAACUUA